GCAGAAGGUGGAGCUUCAGGAAACGGUUAGCUGGCCGCUCGGCUUGUAGCGCGGAGAUUAUAUUAAAUUUUCUCUACUUGUACAUUUACAGGUACAGAGCCGCCAUGAGCGACAACGAGAAGGAGUUUGUGGUGAAAGUACGUAAGGAUAAUGAUUUUUUUUGAAAAUUUUAUUUUAGACAACGCGUUCAGGGAAACUGCGUUAAAUAAUUUUAGCGUAAUGUUGCUAGCUAAUAAACGGAAUCCAUUGUGAAAGACUUUAGCAUUUUAGCAAGCUAGCUAAUUAGUUACAUUUAAUAGCUGCACAAUAAGAACUCAUUAAUUGACUGGUUAUUAUUUCAGCUAACGUUUCGUUGUUGUAUAUUUAGCUGGUUAUCAGUUAAUAUUCACCACAGCGCUGCGGCCUAGCGGUGCAGCUUAUUAGCCUAGCUUAGCCUAGCCUAGCCUAGCUUAGCUAGCUGUUAUUAUGGGGUGUGAAGCGCUACAGGCCUCUCCGCGGCUCUAACUCAAUAGUCGAAAUCCCAAUUUCGAAACCAGCUGUAACUGAGUGCACUAGAUAAGGUGUGGAAGCCAUUAUUUUGUACACUAUGUAGGAUUCCUGCGUAGGGAGCUGGAGGCUGCUCGGUAUUCGGCCCUGCUAACGCGCUCUGAUUGAGUUACCGACAGGAACAGCGGCACAGGUUUAACUCUAAAUAUAACAGAUAAUAUCAGAUAAAUCUUAUGUUUAUACAAAUUUCAUAAAAUAUUGUUAGUUCUCAUCACUGUGAUAGUUACCAGCCAGUAAAAUAUUUUUUAAAAAUGGUGGAUUUUGUAGGGUAGUUAAUGAACACCACGUGGUUGCGCCAUUUAAAGCUUUAAAAUUUAACCCGCAUUAAAUUAAAUCAAAAAAGUGUCUGUUAAUCGGAGUUAAAAGCGGCUAGAAUGACAUUUAAACCAUCCUUUAAUUCUUGUUUUUGUUUUCACAGUGUUUUUUUUUUUUUAAAGUCAGAUUAAAUCUUUCGGUUUGGGAUUGAUUUUAACCUGCAGCUGACAUGCUGACUUUUCCACAUGACUGAAUAUAAUAUCGGGACUGUGGAAAACAGCAGAGCCUCGAAGGAAAGUGUGUGUUAAUGCUAGUUUUCAUUCAUAAGGGAAGAAAAACCGUGUUAAUAAUCAUUCUUAAAGGUAACAGUGCUUGCUUUUUUUUUUUUUUUUUGGCCAGUCCAAAAUGGUGGACAAUCAGAAUUUAUCCCAGAUCAGAUUUGCAGUUUAAAGGAAAACUCCACCCUGAAACACACUAUGUAGAGUUAGAGUGAAAUGUUUGGGACGUCUUUAGCAAUUCCUGCACCAAUUAUUAUUAUUAUUAUUAUUUUUUAAGUUGGUGUUUUAUUUUCAUUAUUUUCUUGGGGUUGUAUAGUUAUGGGUUGUGCCGCAGUGACGUCACAUGGGGACAUUGUUAUUGCUAGUGCAGUUACAGUGGGGUUUUCAACAAUCUCAAACAAAAGUAACAGGUUAGUUUUCACCGUUAGCUCCUAAAACAACAAAGCGAGAACCUUUUUCUCUUUUUCGACAGCGUUCACUGUCAUAGAAGUGGUGGAAACAGGGAACCCUGGGCUCAAAGGCCCAGAAUGCAAUACAGAUAUACAACGCAGUUACACUGAGUUACAGCAGAGACUCGGCUCAGCUAGUUAGCGAUCAGUGAGAUGGUGAGAACAAUGGUGUCGAGGAUGGUAUUAGCCUGGGCGAUGAAGCUUUGGAAGCUGGUCUGUUUGAGGAGGUGAGAAAGCCGGACAGACUAAAGUGCCACUGUGUCGCUCUGUUUAGGUAGAUAAGCAGCCAGGGCUGAAUCCCACUGGACAGGACAGUGUUGACCAUGUUAGCAAUAGACCAACAUAUCGAUGGUUUAUGUUGAAACUUGUGUUUUUAACUCAUGUUAAAAAGAAAAAGUAAUGUCAGAGCUUCUUUAGAAAACAAAUGUGUCCUUGAAGGUUAAUAUUAAAGUCAUUCAGGGUGGAUUUUUCCUUUAAUCAGAGGUAAAUUGGGUGGUCCAGCAUAACUUGGGUUAAAAUAAAGCAUUACUGCGUUACUGUUUUAGAUAAGUGACUCAUUUGAUCUGCUGUAACAUUUUAUGAAUAUAUUUUAGAUAGUCUAACAUUUAAUUUGUAAACUUCGUAUAUUGGCCUAUAUCAUCGUCUCUCAGUGGACUUUAUUUAUUUUAUUUUAUUAUUAUUUUUUUUUUUGUAAACUAAUGUUACAUUUUCACCCACAUGCCUACUACACAGACUUUACCCUUUUCUUGUUUUUCCUAUUAAGGUUAAGAUGGGAAGAAUGAAAAAGGUGGCCGAAGUCGAAUGUUGUUUAAAUGAGGCUGAAUUUUGCGAGUGCAUGCUAAUUCUGUGUGGCCAGAAGUUCUGAGAAGUUCCCCUCAUGUAGAGUGUUGUCACUUUGGAAGCAAUGAAUGGUUCAAGAUGAAGUACAGAAGUCAGAAUAAGAAACAGAAGAAAGAAGAACAGAAUGUUGGU